AUGGUUCACUUAAUAUCAGUAAUAGGAGUGAUAUUCUCGAUUCUGUUCCACAUCUUCGUACGAGAGCCCAGUUAUCUGCAGACUUUACACAUGAGACAGGCGUUAGGUAUGGAUCACUUCGACUGCCAAAAGACGGCUGUGUUUCGGGAGAGAGCGAGCAGUUGUUAUUCAGUGAAUCUGUCAGAGUUUGGGUCCAAUAAAAAUAUGAGCAAAUUUGACCAAAUCCUGUACCAGAAUCGACUCCAAAAGGCUCGCGUCUCGCUAUUAGAGCCCGACAUUCAGUUUGAGUUUAAACCGAAGAGGAAUAGUCAGAGAAUAUGGUCGGAUUGGUUCCGAUCUACAAGCUUUUGGCGAAUGUCCGCUAUUUAUAUGCUGUGCAGACUUUUUGUUAAUAUAACCCAAGUUUAUACACCACUAUAUUUACAGGAGAGUCUUCUACUUGCUAAAUUAAUUAUGGGCAUUGGCUGCGGGUUUGGUCUUUUAUCGUGCAUUUGGAUAUUUGUCGGCGAUUUGGGUAUAACUUUAUGGCAAGUGUUUUGUGUGGCGGCACUGUUUGGCAUCGGAGGCACGGCUAUGCUUAUCGGGAGUCUAUCGCUUACCGCAGAUCUCAUUGGAGAAAAUAUCGUAAGUCAGUGGGGCGUUUGUAUUCGGCUCAAUGAGCUUUUUCGAUAAACUAGUCAAUGGAGGAGUGAUUGCUAUUAUCCAGAACUUUAAUCCUGUUUAUGAAGCAAUGAAUUUGACAUUUUAUGAAAUCCAAGGGAAUAACACUAAUUUGCAUGAAGACUACUCUUUGGAUACAAAUACAUCGUUUUUCCCAUUUAUGACAAC